AUGCACAAAAUUCCACUUUCCAUUAAAAUAAUAAGAUGGCAAAUCAAUAAUAAUUAAGAUAAAAGUUACUAUUCAAAAUUUAAAAAAUAUUAUAGGUGUAUGAAUAAAUCUGAUUUUGGAAUAGUUGGUUCGUCAUCUCCAUAAAAAUUUAAUAGACUAAAUUAAUCACAAUAAUUAAUCCCUCAGGAAUGCCUAACUAAUUGCAAAUAGGGUUUUAAUUCUUCUCCAAGAAAGGAAAAAUAUAAAAAAUAAAUUAAAAAUAUUCACUAUCUAAAAGUAACAUAUUCUCCUUAAAGUCUAAUUGUAGGAUAACGAAAGAAAAAAACCUGUAUGGUGCAACAUAUAUGAGUAUAAAAUGAAUGCAACUGAAUUAGAAAUGUCUAAAAAAGGAAGUAAAAAAUUUAAGAAACAAAGGAAUUUGUAGAAUUUGUAUGAUGGAAGAGGAAACCUCAAGAUUUAUCUAUCCUUGUAAAUGUAAGGGGUCAUCUUAAUUUGUACACGAAGAAUGCUUUAAAAGUUGGAUUUUAACAAAAAAUAUUGUUGAAAAAGUUCUUAAAAAGGAUGUAACCAUGAUUAUAUUUUAAUGAAAAGAUUAGUUGCGAAGUUUGCUCUUAGAAAAUUAAUAUGAAGCUAAUAAUUUAGGAUAAAGUUUAAUUUUCUAUUUUUAAAGAUAUUCCAAAGCACUAAAAGGUUUGCUGGUUAAUCAUAUUCUUUUUGAUUUUACUCUAAAUAACUGGAGCCUCGAUAUUGGCGGUUCUAGUUGGUUUUCACAAUUUUGGAGUUGUAGCUGUAAUAACAUUAUUAGCAGGAUUUUCAGUUGCUUUAUUUUUUUAUUUAAUUGCUUAGGUUAUCAGUAGCCUUUCUGUAGAAAUUAUUGAUCAAUGGAUUUUCUCGAAUUAUAGAGGAGAUAAAGGCCCUAUCAUGGUUGAUAUGUAAUCAUAAGAUCCAUAGUCUUAAUAAUAAUUACACUGUAGUCCAAAAAGUCCAAAACAGAGGAGAAAAUCAUGUGUACCUCAAUUUGGAGGACUACAAGUUAUUCAAUUUGAAUAAUACCCCUCUGAAAUUUGA